AAGGUUUCCUCUCGAUCGUCUGCUUUUUAGCUUUUGAUCGUUUCCAACUACUUGAAUUUUCGGAUCCGAUCGAUUCAGUUCCUCACCUUCAUCUGUAAUUUUCUUUGAGCAGAGAGAUCACAUAAGUAAAUGCCUUCUAAAGAGACUGAGGUUUCUGCGAGCCCAAGCACCAAUGCUCUGUAGAAACUUCUCUGUUUUUUCUUGCCGAUACCUUACCGGCUCUGGCUCUUCUUUCACAGAUAGAACCCACUUUCUGGAAUCUUCAUAGCCAAAACAGAAAAAUCAGAAAAAGAAAGAGGGGAAUUUCACGAAUUAAUAGGAGUUAUGCUGGAUCUUAAUGUUGUUUCGGCUGAUUCGACCUGCGUUGAAGAUGAGAUGAUGGUGGACAAGCUUCCCGAUGGUUUCGGAGGACAAAUGGACGACUCCGGGACUUCGAAUUCUUCCGUCGUUAAUGCUGAAGCUUCCAGCAAUGGAGGCGACGAGGACUCUUGCUCCACUCACGUCAAGCGUCGUGGUGGUGGCAGCGACCUCUUCGCUUUCAGCUUCGAUAUUCUUAAGAAGCAAAGUGACGCCACCGACGCUGUUGAAGUUGAAGACGAUGACGAUGACGACGGAGAUGAGGCAGAGAACGGGAAUCUCACUACACGGCCGGGUUUCAUUACGAGGCAGCUCUUCCCGGUGAGUGAAGAUCGAGCUGGGCAUCCUGCUAAUGCUGGCUUUCGCUCGGGCUUAUCUUCCUCUCGACCGCAUUGGGUAGGUCUCUCGGUUUGCCAGGCCGACAUGGGGAAUCAGCAGGAGUUUAAAGUCAUGCCCCCGCAGCAACAGCAGGUCAAGAAGAGCCGCCGGGGACCCAGGUCUCGUAGCUCUCAGUAUCGGGGUGUGACGUUUUAUCGCAGGACUGGGAGAUGGGAAUCUCAUAUCUGGGAUUGUGGGAAGCAAGUUUAUUUGGGUGGAUUCGAUACUGCUCAUGCUGCUGCUAGGGCAUAUGAUCGAGCUGCUAUUAAGUUCCGGGGUGUCGAUGCAGACAUCAAUUUUAAUCUUUCUGACUACGAUGAAGAUCUGAAACAGGUGGAGUGGACUAGACAAUUGCUUAGAGAUUUCUGUGUUGACAGGAAUUGUGAUUGGGAACUUAUAUUGGUCAUUUCUACUGCUCUUCAGAUGAGGAACCUGACCAAGGAAGAAUUUGUGCACAUACUCCGCCGACAGAGCACUGGAUUCUCCAGGGGAAGCUCAAAAUACAGAGGCGUGACACUGCAUAAAUGUGGUCGAUGGGAAGCUCGAAUGGGGCAGUUCCUUGGCAAGAAGUAUAUAUAUCUUGGGUUAUUCGACAGCGAAAUUGAAGCCGCAAGGGCUUAUGACAAGGCAGCAAUCAAAUGCAAUGGAAGAGAAGCAGUUACCAACUUUGAGCCUAGUACAUAUGAAGAGGAGAUUGUCUCUGAGGUGGACCAUGGAGCUCAUGCUGCAGGCAGCAGUCACAAUCUUGAUCUGAACUUGGGGAUUUCACCUCCUCCUUUUGCUGGUGAACCAAUCGGAACUGACAACAUGAGUGGUUUCCAGUUCGAUAGUGGCCCUCACAACAUGCCUGAUACCAGGAGAGCGAGGAUGGAGAACCAUAAUUUGGCAGCAGUGGAUGAUCGAACCCAUCAUGGCCCACCAAUAAUGGCAUCUGAGCACCCUCCGAUAUGGUCUGGUGUAUAUCCCAGUCUCUUUCCCACUUUUGAGGAUAGAGCGAUAGAGAAGAGGGUCGAAGCAGGUUUGCCAGGACUCUCGAACUGGGCAUGGCAAAUGCACAGCCAUGGCAAUGGCAGUGUCAACCCAAUGCCACCAUUCUCUACUGCAGCAUCAUCAGGAUUCUCUUCUACUUCUGCCGCUUCAUCAGCUGCCCUCUUUGGACCACACCCUAGUACAACUCAACAAAGCAAUUACCCUCCAUCCACAGCCUACCCCACCAAUGCUUCUUACUACUAUUACAGGAGCUGAUACCCAACACUACCCCAAAAAACAACCAAAAAAUCCCCUUCUUAAUGAGUAGAGAAGGUGAGUCAAUAUGGUUUUCCAAUUCAUCUUUUACAUACAAUAGACAUGGAAACAUUGAUAAUUCAAACAGUAAAGGGGCAUUGUG